UGUAUAAAAAUCUGUGGUUAAUCUGUCAACUGUCAAAAGCCAUGCGUUUUUUGAAAACAAUUUAAUUUCGUCACAGAAAAUUACAAUAACGCGAAAAUGGGAAAAAAAACUAAAAUUGGGAAACAGCGCAAGGAUAAGUAUUAUCAGUUAGCUAAAGAAACAGGUUAUAGGUCUCGUGCAGCUUUUAAACUGAUCCAACUCAACCGCAAGUUUGAAUUUUUGCAAAAAUCUCGAGUAUGCAUAGAUUUAUGUGCAGCCCCUGGGGGCUGGAUGCAAGUAGCCAAGCAAAACAUGCCGGUCUCAAGCAUCAUUAUUGGAAUUGAUUUGUUUCCAAUUAAACCCAUUCCUGGAUGUAUUUCUCUAACUGAAGACAUUACCACUGAGAAAUGUCGAGUCUCACUUAAGAAAGAGUUACAAACAUGGAAAGCUGACGUUGUUUUACACGACGGUGCCCCUAAUGUGGGUAAAAAUUGGUUACAUGAUGCCUACCAGCAAGCUUGCUUGACUUUGAGUUCUUUAAAACUGGCUAGCGAAUUUCUGAAGAAAGGGGGUUGGUUUAUAACGAAAGUGUUUCGUUCAAAGGAUUACCACUCUCUAAUUUGGGUUUUGAAGCAGUUUUUUAAGAAAGUGCAUGCAACCAAGCCACAAGCCUCUCGAAAUGAAUCAGCGGAAAUUUUCGUCGUUUGUCAACAUUAUAUCGCACCUGAUAAAAUCGAUUCCAAAUUUAUGGAUCCGAAAUACGUUUUUGAGGAGUUAGAAAUUGAGCCUAAGAGUAAAUUGAAUAUUUACCAUCCAGAGAAGAAUAAAAAAAGUAAAGCUGAAGGGUACCCUGAAAAUGACUGGACUUUGUAUCAUAAAGUAAAUGCGUCAGACUUUAUUAAACAUCCUACAGGCAUUGAAUUGUUAGAAGGGGCUUCUGAGAUUGUUUUUGAUACUGAAGAAAUUACAAAUCAUGAAAAAACUACAAAAGAAAUUAAAGAAUGUUGUAAAGACAUUAAAGUGUUGGGUAGGAAAGAUUUGAAGAAGAUUUUAGCUUGGAAGAAAGCAUUAAGUGAAGAAUUCUCUGAGAAGAAAGAUGAACCUGUUGAAAAUAUUGAAGAAGCUGAAGAGAAAAGUGACGACGAUGACGAUUUGAAGGACGUUCAUCAGCAAAUAUUAGAACUUGAAGGUGAAGAACAACGAGAGUUGAAACGAAAAAAGAAGAAAGCACAAAAAGAGCGCAAAAAGCUGAAUGAAAAAUUAAACUUGAAAAUGGUCUUAAAAGGGGAUAGUGGUCCAACAAUGGAGAGUGACGGCAUGUUUGAACUAAAGCAAGUAAACAGCGUAAAACAAAUGAAGAAAAUUAUUGAUCAGACUCCUGAUACUCUUGCUCACUCAGACAAUGAAGAAGAUCAAGUAAAACCAAAAUAUUUGCGUUAUAACAAGGACGAGCAACAUUUGAGUAGUACUGGAAUGUAUUAUAAAGAUUCGGAUUCCGAAUUGGAAAUGGAAAGCGAGUCUGAGGAUGAAGAUGAGAAAAUUAAAGAAGGUUUAGGUUUGAGCGAUAGUGAAAAUAGCGAUGUAGAAGAAAAAAAAACUAAAAAGAAAACAGCAAAGCAUCCUUUGAUAACUGACUUAGAUCACAGAAGUAAGGAAGAAAAGAAGGUACAUAAAGCGGAAAUGUGGUUUGAAAGAGACGCAUUUAAGAAUUUAAUUGAUGAAAAAGAUGAAGACGCUGAUUUAGACCGUAUGGUGAAUGAAAUGAAGAAGAAAGGAGCGAAGAUUAUUGGAGAAAAAGAAGAUGCUAAGAACACAGAAUCAGAUAGUGACUACAGUUCAGAUUCAGAUGAUUCAGACUACAACGAUUUUGAGAAACUGGCGCCAAAAAAUAAUGUGAAAAAAGACGGUUUUGAGGUUGUUCCAAAUGGACAGAAAGCUGGCAAAAAAAGAAAAUAUAAAUUGACAGAAGAAGAAUUGGCGUUGGGUACGCUAAUGAUCAACAGCAAAAAAACAAAACGUGACAUAAUUGAUGGUGCUUGGAAUCGUUACGCUUUUAAUGAUGACAACUUACCUGAUUGGUUUGUUACGGAUGAGGAAAAACAUAUGAGGAAAGAAGCUGCUGUUCCAAAAGAAUUGAUUCAGGAUUAUAAGAAGCAUUUAGAGGAUUUGAAUGUACGUCCCAUUAAAAAAGUAAUUGAAGCGAAGGCAAGAAAGAAGAAGAGGGCGUUGAAAAAAUUAGAAAAAGCUAAAAAGAAAGUUGAAAAUUUAAUGGAUAAUGUUGAUGUAACCGACAGGGAAAAGGCGAGACAAAUAAAACAGUUAUACAAAAAGGCAAGACAGGAGCCUAAAAAGGAAGUAACGUAUGUCGUGGCUAAAAAACACAUGGCUGCUAAAAAAAUGAAGAGACCGGCCGGAGUAAAAGGCCGUUAUAAAAUCGUGGACGCAAGAAUGAAAAAGGAUUUGAAAGCACAAAAGGCCAAACUAAAAACCCAAGGCAGAAAGAAAAACAAGACUAAGAGCAAGUGAUCAUUGAUCAUAGUUACAUAAUUUCUUGUUUCAAUAAAAUACAUUUUUAUUGCUUU